AUGACAACACGUAAUGAGGUGACAUCGGUAAACGAGAAAGCACUCUUCGACAACAACAACAAUAAUCAUAUCGACAUCGCCAGCAAGAAUGAGAUCAUUGUGAGCGACCUUCCAAAGGGGAAUGAGGGCUUCAACGGUGACGCUGCUAGCGUAGACCGUAGCCCCGGCGACCUCGAGGCUCAGCGACCCGCAGAGUCGCCGGUGCACAACCACGAUGACAUCGGCCCACCUCCCGACGGCGGCCUCACGGCUUGGCUCGUCGUAAUGUCGACCAUGUUUCUGCAGUUCUGUGUUUUUGGACUGAUGCAAACACUCAUCGAGUUCGGUUUCGCCGUUAUCAUGGGUCGCUUCUUCGACCUGCACGGCGCCAAGAUUCUGGCUACGUCAGGUACGCUCCUGGCGUUCGUGGCUGUUGUCGGCAUGGCGUUCUCGAAGGAGUAUUGGCAGUUCCUCCUGUCGUUCAUCGCAUUCGGUUUCAGCGGUUCGUUCAUCUACGCGCCCUCGACCGCCGUCGUCGCACACUGGUUCCUGAAGAAGAGAGCGACUGCCGUGGGCAUCGUUGUCUGCGGCGCCGGCUUUGGAACCAUCAUCUACCCCAUCAUGUUCGAGAACCUGCUCAAGUCGCUGAGCUACCGGGACACGAUGCUCGUCAUCGCCGGCUUCAACUUCGUACUCAUGUGCCCGUCCAUCGUCCUCAUGAAGCCACGUUUGCCGCCACACGACCCGCCGCCAUGGAGCGACCUGAAGCGCCCAUGGAAGGACAUGAAGUAUGUCCUACUCGUGGCCAGCGCGGCGAUGUACGCCCUCAACCUCAUGUCUCCGUCGUACAACGCGCUCAAUCUCGCGCGCGCAAACGAGGUCGCGCAUCAGGUUCAGGUGUACGGCAUUGCGAUUGUCGCUGCCGGCUCCAUCUCGGGACGUAUCCUUGCUGGUCAGCUGGCCGACCGCGUUGGCGUGUGGACCGUCGGGUGCACGAUCCCGUUCCUAACGUCCAUCGUCAUGUUCGCCUUCUGGACGCCGCCCAUGAUCGGCACCGCGGCCACGACUCUAGGCCUCAUCUUCUUCGGCAUGUGCUCCGGCUCGUGGUUCACGCUCGUUGGCGCCGCGACCGCUUCAAUCUCGCCGCUGAAGGAGGUGGGCAUGCGCUUCGGCAUGCUCGUCACCAUGAUGGCCGUCCCUUCCAUGUUGGGUCCCGUUAUCAGCGGUGCGCUCAUCCAGGCCGACGGGGGCAAGUACAUGUACGCGGGUAUCUUUAACGGUCUCUCGUUCUUGCUUUCGGGAUUCCUAGUUAUCUGUGUUCCGCUGCGAAUCCGGUGGGAGGCGCGGCAGAAGAGCCUGGCCAGCGGGUCUUCGGACGCCACCGGGCGCACCGACGAGGAGGGAGAGCACCACGGCGAGCACCACGUGCACGAGGACCAGGGGCCGACGUUCUCGGCCAACGCGGCCGACCUCGGCGGCGGUACGCGCGGCGAGCUCGACAACUGCCGCGCAGAGCCGAGGCAUGAGGACCUUGUCCUCGAGCUCGCGCGCAGCAACUCGCCGCGCUCGCGGAGGGACUACCUGUAA